CUCCCAAACCCUACUUCCACAAUAAAACACCCACAAAAUCCUCACAGCCCAGCAGCCAAACCACGUUUCUCCAAACAUCGCUGAAGCGUCGCACCAAACAUCGUAUUUGACGCGUAAUACUUCCGCAUCCAGCUAUUUGUUUUGAACGCACAUGUGUAUGGGUGCUGUCCAUAUAUCAAGCUCUUAUCCUCGGUUAUGCCCGCAAACCCGCUGAAUCAAAACACCCGAUGAAUGCAAACGCCAUGGACAAACCACACUACACCAACAAAACCGUCUGGACUCCGGAGCGCGAUACUUUCCUGCUCAACACACUAGCGCAAACAGCCCGCGAUGGACUGGGCUCAGAUAUCGGGUUCUCGAAGGAAGGGUGGCGACGUAUCACACUUAAGCUCAAUCAACAAUUCGGCACCAAUCUCGAUAAAGCACAUGUCAAGAACCACGUCCAGAUCCUACGACGUAUGUACGAAGCAUGGGUUAAACUCAAAGUAACUCCAGGCUUCGUCUGGAACCCCGAGCGCAAUCUGUACGAAGCACCGGACCAUGUCUGGCAGCGGUUCAUCGCGGCAAACCACAACGGCAAACAUUUUAGAUCAAAGUCGUUUGUGUACGAGAAAGUCAUGCGCGAGAUAUUCCCGCGGUAUAGACACGAAUAUUCUAGUCUUACAUUUUUGGUGCAGCCGCAACCGCAACAGCAACAACAAGAGCAACAAACACAAUCAACACAGCAACCGUCUCAGCAGCAACAGCAGAAGGAGCAAGAAAGCAACGGAGACCAGAACCUACGACACGAAGUCCAGCAAGAAUUGGACCGCCAGCAGCGACAAUUACGCAGCGCAAAUAUUUUCGAAUCAGUCUCUGCAGAGACAAACUUCAUUCCCUCGCAAGCAUCCGGCGAGUUUCCCAGCCAGACAACCAACGGCCGCCUUUCGUCCACGCCCGAACUUCAAAUCUCUACGCCUAUCCGGCCAGCACAACAGCCGCCGCCGUCGUCGCCGUCGCAGCCUUCUUCAUUAUCUCCGUCGUCGUCGUCUUUCCCUUCUGCGACGACAUCACUCCAUCGCGCCCGCCAGCCUCUCACGCCCGCCUCACUCUCCUCCACAAUCCCCGCACCCGCAAGCGAUACAACAUCCACAACCCCUCUGAUCGUCGACCCGGAGACCUUCACAGCAGCAGUCAAGCUAGUCUCUGAAUCAUUCAAAGACUCAUUCAAGCAGAUCCUCGACGUGGUCCAAGCAAGCCGCUCACCUUCCACACCCGCCCCUGCCACAUCCGUAGUCGACCCAGCUACCGCGCCUACCAACUCUGCCGCGUUCGAAGCAACUCUGAGGUUCCAAGAAGCAAUCAAACUUCUCUCUUCAAUGCGCCAAACCUGCGGUUGGUCCCGCGAACAAUACUCGCGCGCUAUCCAGAUCCUGCGGAGUAUGGACGAGACCGGUAUCAUUCUCUUUCUAGAAAUGGACGCCGAUGCUCGGGAAGAUUACCUAUUCGCUACGACAUAAACAGUACAAACGUCGGAAUAAGAUUGACAGCA